UUGGAGAGUAUAUAUCGCAAAAAGAAGCCAUGGGGAUUAAAGGGCGUGGUGAUCGUGAAGAAGAUGAACAACUGCUGAGAGCCAUUAAACUUUCCAUGGGGGACAACAGCGUUACUGAUCAAACACGGGGACAACAGCAUUAUGGAGCAGAUCUCAGAUUUUCUUCAGGGCCCUCAACUGACUGCCCAUGGCUUGUCAUGCUUGCAUAAAGACCUUGAAGAAAAGAAACCUUGUGUACUUUUCUGGAAUAAUCAUUGGAGCACAGUAAUUAAGUUUGAAGAAGAAUUAUAUAUUUUAGCUUCCGAUUCAAGUUUCUUAUCAAGUGAAUCCGGUGCUGUUUGGCAAAAGUUGGAAGAUGUGAAUGGGGGUGGUUCAUUUGUGGAUAGCUCCUUCACACCAAUUAAAUAUGCCGGUGAAGGAGCAAGCUUCUGCAGUGAUCAGGCUCGUCUAAUUCAGAGUAACCAAGAAUCUGCUGAUCCCCAAUGGUGGCCCCAGGGACUUGGUGGAAAGAAUGAAUGGGAUCAUACUGGAAGAAAUGCUCCUGCUGGAAAGGAAAAUACGGUCAAUCCAGACAUUCCAAUUCCAUGUCAUGAGGACUUGUCAGCUGUUGAAGUGGUAACUGAGGAGCAGUUGCCACCUGCUGAAAUAACAGAUGUUAUUUUACCUCAAAAGGUACAUAGCUCCUCAAGCACUCCUGAAGUUGCAAGAUCAGAUCAACUAAAGGACGCAGCGGCUUCACAAACCCCUAAAUGUUCAAUUCAAGCUGUGCCAUAUUCAACACCUAUAUCUUCACCACAACCACUAGGCCGUCAGAUAAUAGCAGAAGAAGAACGGGCUCAAUUGUUGUUCGGUUCAUUUGGUUGCUGUGACCUUAAGUAUUGGCCUUCUUACCCGACGGUGGUCUGUAACUCUGAUGUAAUGGCCAAGUCAGUGCCUACUGUUUCCAACAAGAGGGGGUUUUCUUCAUUUGUUGACAAACCCCUCUAUAUUUCGAAAGCUUCAUCAGAGCACCGUGCCCAACAAAGUGCUUUUACAAAUCGUUUUCUCGAAUUUCUCAGAGGGUUUAGAUUGGGGAAUACCGAAGAGCCUUAUUACAAAGGAACAGCUGCUUCUAUGGUUUUUCUUGAUCUUCCAAUGAUGGACGUAAAGUUUGAUCAUAUCAAGAUAUUUGAUAAUGAACUUGCACUUAUGAUAUGCCAUGACUUUGAGAGAAGUAGGCUAGAUCUGAACUAUGCAGCAAAAUCAUUUAUCAUGGAUUUUAGAAGUCAGUUGGAAGGGAUGUUCAUGAAGAAGUUUGAAAGCUUCGACAACAUUAUAGUUCGUAUAGAUGGCUUACCGAAAAUUGACAGAUUAAUGUCACUUGAGGCUUUUGUGAAAUUGCCUGGAAAUCAUUUUGUUGAACCAAGAACUUUAUUCGCUACUGGGAGUUCAUUAACUGUUGCAAGUGGUACAAGAGUUGGAAGAAUCAUAGCAACAGGUGCGCUUCAAGAAAUAUUGAAGGCACAUGCUAGUCGCAACAGCUGGAAUGGCAGUUUUAAAAGAAAGAACAUUUUAGUAAGAAAUGGUUGCUAUUCUGAAAUCUCUAUGCCUUUCCAUGCUGAGUUCAGCAGGGACUCUAUGCUCAAUGAUUAUAUAGCAUAUUUUGAUGAAGUGAUCUCCCUAUUUGAAUUAAAAGGAGUAGGAUGUCCUGCCUUUUUUCCUUGGAUGCGGAAGUCCUUGUUAAGAUUCAUGCCAGCUCCUUCUCCAUCCUUCUGCGAUGAAUUCAGGCAUUUUCAAUGCUUUGCAAUGGCGCAAUUUGCUUUGAAGCGUCCUGUCGUUAGGAUUGGGUUCCUUUCAAAUCUUUACAGGCUCCGGAGAUGUGCAAAUCGACAAGUUAGAAAAACUCUACUUGCCAUUCUUAGGAGCUUAUCAUUAAGAUCAGACUGGAGGGUUAUUGUUCUAUUGCACAGCCAUCCCAUUCUGGUAAAAGUGUACCUAUUCAACAAAAAAAAGGAUAAGGAAGGAAAUGGUGGUGGAAAGACAAAGGAAGGAAAUGGUGAGAAUUCUAAGGAUCAGAAAGGUGGUGAAAAAACAAAUGAUGCAGAUUACAAGAUGGCAAAGUUGACGAAGUAUGAUAAUUCAGCUAACCAUCUUGUUAUUUACACUCGCCACGUGAUUGAACACGGGAUGGAUCCAGCACAACUUGAGAGCGAUGAUGAAGUCUUGGAAGAUGAAAUGUAUCAACUAGACGAUGAAUCAAUUGAGAUGCUUUCAGAGCUAGAUUUGCUGUAUUCACAUUACCUGGAGUUGAAUGACAUGUUGGAAGAGUUGUUCUACAGUGGUAUGAUGACGAAAGAACUUUGGCAAGUGUUCGAGGAGAUAUUGGAUGUACACAACAUGGUGGAGCCUCUGUAGUGACUAGAUACACUUUUAAUCACUGAUUGGAAGAUAUAACUGAAGAUCGACAGAUGUCCGUUCUGGAAUCCAUGCCCUCAGCUACUAGUGGCAAAGAACCUGAGUAGUCAAACGAACAGUAAUCGGCUGAAAGUUUCCUGUAGAUAGUGUUUAGCUGGCUCUGGUGUCUUGUUUAGUUGUUUGUGACUGGUUGUCUGUCUGGUUCCUGGUAAGAGGCAAGAGGACAUAUACCAAGAGCUUCGAACUUGGUUCAUGAUGGUUUUCAUCUGAUUUAGGCAGCUUACACAUUGAUGGUUGUGUCCAUCAGUAUAUUUUGUACUCUCUAUCCCAAUUUAACUAUCACCUAAGCAAAGUUCUUCCAUCCCAGUUUAAUCAUCACCUAAGAAAAAUCUAAAAAGCGUAGAUACUGAAGACUGUUAACCUUCAUCAUUUUAAUCCAUAUUGGUUAAGGUGUUUUGUUGUUU